UUCUCGUAGGAAAAGCGUCGCGGAACAGUCGAGGGUCUCCAUUCGAACUGAAUGGAUUGGUAUGGGGAAAAGCGGAUCUCAAAACCUGGCUAAUCGGCGGCUUUGGAUCUCCAUACAGGUUAUGAUGGUUGUAGUUUCGCUGUGGCUCAAACCAGCGCAGUGCCUGGAGUGCCGCAUCCAGCGCUGUAACGCGGAGUUCGUGGCCUCCACGGCGCCCCCCGGGGGCGGGCCGCAGUACUGCGCGGCUCUGCGCGGCUUCUCCCUCUGCACCCGGCGCACUGCGCGGGGCUGCCGCGGGGACCUGGUCUACCACUCCGCCGUCUUCCGCAUCAAGGAGCUGCUCGCCCAGCACAACUGCUCCAGCGAGGGCCCCACGGCGGCCCCCCGGGGCCCCUCCGCCCCGCCGCGGCCCUGCGACUACGAGAGCGGGGCCCCGGGGCCCGUGCGCUACGUGCACUGCGGCCUGUUUGGGGACCCCCACCUGCGCACCUUCGGCGGGGAGCUCCAGACCUGCCGGGCCGAGGGGGCCUGGCCCCUCCUCGACAACCGCUACCUGUCCGUGCAGGUGACCAACGUGCCCGUGGCCCCGGGGUCCGCUGCCACGGCCACCAGCCAGGUCACGCUGAUCUUCAAGGCGUCCGCGGGCUGCUCGGAGGCGCGGGUGUACCAGGCGUCAGCGGAGGACCUGCCGGCGGUGUUCGGGGACGGGACACGGAGCGGGGGCGCGGGGUCCAGCCUGCGGGUGUCGGGGGGGGCGGGGCGGGUCCGGGUGGAGGCGCGGCACGCGGGGACCUCGGUCAGCGUGCGCAGGGCGGGGCGCUACCUGGGCCUGGCCGUGCGGAUGCCCGAGGCGGCGCUGGGGUCCUCGCAGGACGAGGGCGGGCUGCAGCUGUGCCUGCACGGCUGCCCGCUGAGCGAGCGUGUGGAGACCCCGCCCCCGGCCCCGCCCCACAGCCCCGCCCGCACCGCCGAGUGGGCGUCGGCCAGGUGCCGGGAGGCCCUGCAGGUGGAGGACGGGUACCUCCGGGCCUGCGUCUUCGACCUGCUCACCACCGGCGACGCCCAGUUCACCCAGGCUGCUCAGGGGGCCCUGGAGGACCUGCAGGCCCUGCCCCCGACCCGGCUGGAGCACGCCUCCCCUGGGGCCCCCCCUCUCCACGACACGGGGGCCGGGGCCGCCCCCCCCUCCCUGCUCAGCCUCCUCACCCUGCUGCUGCUGCUGCUGUCAGAAUAACAACCAUAACAAUAAUAAUGAUAUCCAUCCAUCCCUCAUCAAACCCAGGGACGGGCAACCUGGAGGGCCACAGUGUCUGCAGGUUUAACUCCAGUCCUGGAGGGCCACAGUGUCUGCAGGUUUAACUCCAGUCCU